CCCGCUGCCGCGCCCCGAUAACGGGUGGCCCCGCGCCCCGGGCUCGGGGGUCCCCCGACCUGAGAAUGGCUACCUCGCGAUACGAGCCAGUGGCCGAGAUUGGCGUCGGUGCCUAUGGGACUGUGUACAAAGCCCGCGACCCUCACAGUGGCCACUUUGUGGCCCUCAAGAGCGUGAGAGUCCCCAACGGAGACGGUGCUGGAGGGGGCCUCCCCAUCAGCACAGUGCGGGAGGUUGCGUUACUGAGGCGACUGGAGGCUUUUGAGCAUCCUAAUGUGGUCCGGCUGAUGGACGUCUGCGCCACUGCACGAACGGAUCGGGAGACCAAAGUGACCCUGGUGUUUGAGCAUGUGGACCAGGACCUCAGGACGUAUCUGGACAAGGCACCCCCGCCAGGCUUGCCAGUGGAGACCAUUAAGGAUCUGAUGUGCCAGUUUCUAAGAGGCCUAGAAUUCCUUCAUGCCAACAGCAUCGUCCACCGAGACCUGAAGCCAGAGAACAUUCUGGUGACAAGCAGUGGAACAGUCAAGCUGGCUGACUUCGGCCUAGCCAGGAUCUACAGCUACCAGAUGGCGCUCACACCAGUGGUUGUGACACUCUGGUACCGGGCCCCGGAGGUGCUUCUGCAGUCUACGUAUGCAACACCCGUGGACAUGUGGAGCGUUGGCUGUAUCUUUGCAGAGAUGUUCCGCCGAAGGCCUCUCUUCUGUGGAAACUCUGAAGCUGACCAGUUGGGCAAGAUCUUUGACCUGAUUGGGCUGCCGCCAGAAGAGGACUGGCCCCGAGAUGUGUCUCUGCCCCGCGGAGCCUUUUCCCCCAGAGGGCCCCGCCCAGUGCAGUCUGUGGUGCCCGAGAUGGAGGAGGCUGGAGCGCAGCUGCUGCUGGAGAUGCUGGCUUUUAACCCACACAAGCGAAUCUCUGCUCUCCGAGCCCUGCAGCACUGUUACCUACAAAAAGAAGGUAACCCAGAGUGAGCAGUGGAGUGGCUGCACCGGGACCAAGAGCCGCUUUCAUUUCCCUUGGAACACCUGAGGGGAGAGCCCCCCACUGGGGCCAUCUCUGCUCUUACCUCUGAGGCUGUGGAGACUCUGACCCCAACUUUUUACAGAGAGUAUUUUGCUGCCUUAAUGACAUUCCCCUUCCAUCCUUCCUUUUGGGGUGUACUCUUCUCUCUCCCGAUUUCCUCACAAGGGGUGUGCUCCUUGUUCUCCCCUUCCCUACCUUGAUAUUGGGGUCCUUUUUUUAUACAGGGCAAACAAAACAAAAAUAAGGUCUUUUUUAAAAAAAUGGUUCCUCUGAUUGAUUUUGCCAUUGGGGAUUUGGAAAAACCAGAUGUAAACUGGAACUUUGCAGAAUCGCAGACUCUCCCGGGUGGCAGAGCUUACACAGCCCGCGGGCCUCCACUGGCCCCAGAGAAGAAAGGCACUUGAGCUUUUCUUUGAAUAUGGAGUUAAAACGGCUUUUAUUUUUAUAGUCACUGAACUUCCCCAAACUGGGCCCUGCUCCUCACGAGAAUGAGUUCCUUGUGGUUUUCUCCCUGGCUCCGUCUGUUUACCCUUGGAGGCAGGCCAGGUGUGCUCAGGUGGCCCAGCAUAUGGAAGGGGGCGGGGGGAGAAAGAGCCAGCAAUGUCUCCGCUCCCAUCCCGUCUCAUGCACUCUGUGGAGCUUGUCAUACCCACCUAGGGGGAGGGAAGGUUUUCUGUACUCCGUGUAACCUUGUUCCCACUGAAAUACAUCCAGGCGUAAAGCCUAGGUACUCCGUCACCUUUAGGGAAUAUGGCAAAGGGCCUUUUCCUUUUUCUCAAACAAAAAGGGUUAUAGACCCGAGGUUUUCCCUAAGGGAAGAGACAGCUCAGGGAGAGCAGUCAGACAGUUCCAGGGUCUCAUAGAAAGGCACUGGGGUUGGCUCGCGGAUCCUUCUGGUUCCGGAAUCUCAUUGCUAGCCAAACGCCGAGGAUCUGUAGAAACAGGAGGAGACAAAAUCAGCAGCAAUUCGGAACCUCGGGCUCAGACGCGGAGCUGUGGAGGGAAGGUUACCUCUGUAAAGCUAAAGAAGAGUCCGACACCCCCCAGGAUUUUCAGGGCUUCAUCUGAAUGCUUAAGAAACUUUUCUCCACAUAACUGGCAUGUGUUCCAUUUUGUGCAGCUCUGAGGAUGAAGGUGUGUGUUAGGAUGCAGAACUGCUAAGCAGCAUAACCCACUGCCCACGGAGAAUGGCGCUUGGAAUUAUUUACUAGCUCUUGAUUGUAUCCUACAGAUAAGAUCCCGCUUAGCUAAUUCCGUGGCCUCAGCACCCCACCCCACACA